GACAACCUUCCGAGGCCAUCAAGGAAAAUACGACAGCAGCUCAAAGGAAAUUUAGAUUUUCAGCCCAGGGAGAUGCAGGAACGUGAAGAAAACUCACAAAGGCAGCUAAGGGAAAUGCGGCAGCGUGAAGAAAACUCACAAAAGCAGCUAAGGGAGAUGCAGCAACGAGAAGAAAACUCACAAAGGCAGCUAAGGGAAAUGCGGCAGCGUGAAGAAAGUUUGCAAAAACAGUUGAGGGAGAUGCAGCAAAACUCACAAAGGCAGCUUAGGGAGGUGCAACAGCGAUUUGAAAACUCCCAAGAACAGAUUUCCUGCUUGGAAAGACAAUUGAGAGAGAAAGACCAGGAAGUGAAUGAACUGGAGUUAAGUAUUUCUUUAGCCCAGCAAACAAUAAGUGAACAGCGACGACAGGAAACAUGCGACUGGGUCAUUUCCCGCAAUGAAAUUCAGAUGACAGAGAAUUGCCUAGGGAGGGGAGGCUGGGGAAGUGUCAAUGAAGGCACCUACUGUGGCUGUACUGUAGCAGUGAAGCAAAUCCAUGAACUGAUUCUGUCUCCUCACAACAGGCUUCUAUUUGAAAGAGAAAUGAAUAUUGCUUCAGCUUGCCGGCAUCCCUGUUUGUUACAGUUUAUCGGCGCCACAAAUGACGAGGGAACUCCUCUGUUUGUGACCGAGCUUAUGGAGACGAGCCUGCGAGCUUUAUUGGCACAGCGGCAACUUUCCGAAAUAGAAAUACGCACCAUUUCUCUGGAUAUAUCCCGCGCGCUUAACUACCUUCAUCAGAAAAAGCCAGCGCCCAUCAUUCAUCGUGACGUCAGCAGUGCUAAUGUGCUGUUGUGGCGACAAGGUGACCAAUGGAGAGGCAAAGUGUCAGAUUAUGGCACUGCUAAUUUCAUGCAGCAGACCAUGACAGUGGCUCCUGGAGCUAUGAUUUACAGCGCUCCUGAAGCACUAACGUCAAACCAAACAGUCAAGGUUGGUCAUCUCUGAUUAUAGGGUCCAGGUUUCUUUAAAAGAUAUAAAACAUUUUGUGUGACUUAAGCUUUGGUACCGUAUUUCGGAGCCAGAGUUUGAGGGAACUUAUCUGAGGUGGGGAUGUUACCGAUUCAAUCAGAAAAUCCUUUAUACGUUUAUGGUGUCUUCAGAUGAAAUCGUCUUUUAGCAUCAAAGCAAGAAAUCUGGAUAAAAAUGUAGAAGGCGUAUCAAAGCUUUCUCAAGGUAAAGUCAAUUUUUCUUCGUAUUUUUUUUAGGUCGAUGUUUAUAGCUUUGGUGUUUUAUUGUGCGAGAUGUGCAUCCGGGAACUUCCAAAUCCUGAAAAGCGUGACGAGCAAGUUUUGCUGAUGACGAGCCGCGUGUUAAGAGGCCUGGUGCGGCGAUGCCUGCAGACAGAUCUUGAAGCGAGACCAACCAUGCAGAAGAUAAUCGAUGAACUAUCGAGAAAUACGUAA